CUUGAAAAGCUCACUCGUUAUGGUUGGUAUUGGGGCCCAAUAACAAGAGUUGAAGCAGAAGAAAAAUUGGCCAACCAACCAGAUGGAACUUUUUUGGUUAGAGAUAGCUCUGAUGAUCGUUAUUUGUUGAGCUUAAGUUUCAGAUCCUACGGUCGGACAUUGCAUACCAGAAUAGAACAUUGCAAUGGCAUGUUCAGUCUUUACACACAAACAGAAAGUGAGGGUUAUCGAUCCAUUAUAGAACUUAUUGAACAUUCUGUAUCUGAUUCGCAAACGGGCAUAUUUUGUUACUCAAGAGCCAGAACUCCUGGGUCACUGUCAUUUCCAGUUAGAUUAACCAAACCAGUUUCAAGGUUUGCAAAAGUUCGAUCUCUACAAUAUCUUUGCAGGUUUCUUAUAAGGGAAUCCAUCAGGCUUGACCAUAUAAGACAAUUACCUUUACCGUCUGCCAUGAAAGAUUUUCUUGAAGAAAGACCUUACUGA